UUAACAAAAUAACUAAAAUAAACGAUAAUAGUUAAUUUGUUUAUUUAUUAAUAGUGGAAAACAGUGAUAUUAGUUUUUAGUUUUCUGAAAGGAAAAUAAUCUUUGGCUGUAUUUGCAGCAGCACCUAGUAUUUUGUGAGAAGAAGCAAGCGGAGAGGGAGAUUUUAGAGUCUGUAAUAUUCCAUAUUUGUUACCUGAACCCCCGCCCCCACCUAUCCUCUCUUACCUUUUUCUCUCUAUAGCGUCUUUUUCUCUUCUUAUAGAUAAAAUCCUGAAAAUUUUUCAGGAAGAUUGGAGCUCGUAACAACAGAAAUCACGUUCUUUCUGUAUGUUAUUGAUUAAUUUUUAUAACUGUUGAUAAUUGUGAUGCUGAUGAUCUAAAUCCCUCCUUUACCUAAUUUAUUUUGUCAAUCAAAGAAUCACCAUAUAUUUUUUUUAUCAUCAUUCUCAUAGAAUACACAAUCUGAAGAGAAAUUUUGAAAGAAAACAAAACAAUGGGUUUCUGAACGGAGGGCUAUCAAAACUCCGAAGUUAUCUUUUUUUUUUUUUCUCCCAUUUCUGCUUAGUAUUCGAAAUCAACCGGUAGGCGCUGAAAGUUGAAAUUGUAUUUUGGUAUCAUCGGAAAAACAUGCAAAUUGGAUCUAUUUGCUGAAAUCCGAUUUUUGAUCUAGAAUUUUCGGAGUUAAAUCAUGGCGAAGAAAUCCGGGUCGUUGGAAUACUGGAGGAAUUACUUUCGGACUGCAAAUUCUGACAUUUUCAACAUAAUCGACCAUGCGAUCAUGGUGGCGUCUUCGGAUUGCCCCAAGGAGUUCAGGUUGCGGAGAGAUCGAAUAGCCGAGAGGCUUUUCUCGUGCAGAUUGACGCGGUGUUCGGGUUGCGACCGGGUCGAGUUGGCGGUGCCCGGAAGUGAAGAAGAAAAGGAAGAUGAUGAUGAUGGAAAUUGUAAGAGUAGCCAGUUUGGUAAAGAUGGGUGUGCUUUUGAGGCUGGGGCUAGCAAGGAGAGCAAGGUGGAUAGCAGUAGAGAUGAUCAGGGAGAGAUGAACAUGAACCAGGUUAGCACUUACAGCUAUGGAGAAGCUGAGGCAUUGACUGAUGAGAUCGAGGAAGAGUCUCAGAUUUUUGAUGAGGUCUUGAGGAUCAAAGAGAUUUUUUAUAACAGUGAACAAGAGUCUGAUUCAAUCUUGGUUGAAUCGUUGACGAGGCUUCAGUUGAUGGCUCUGACCGUGGAUACUCUGAAGGCAACUGAGAUAGGAAAGGCUGUCAAUAGGCUUCGGAAGCAUGCAUCAAAGCAGAUUCGUCAAUUUGCACGGACUCUUAUAGAUGGUUGGAAAGACAUGGUAGAUGAAUGGGUCAGUGCUACAGCUCCAGCUGUUGCAGGUAUUGGAGCUGUUUCAGGUUCGGGAGGUACCCCAGAUUCUGUAAAUCCGUCUGUUGUCGACGAAUAUGAGGGGCUUCCAUCUCCUCCUCUGGAUGGACUUUUCUUUGCUACUCAACCCACUUCAAUAGAGCUCUCACAGUUCUUUGAUGGCAUGGAUGAUGAUGGAAAUCCUCGAAACAGUGGGGAAUUCAGCAAGAAUCGUGAUUAUGGAAGAAAACCAACGCAAGAGUGUCAAAAUAAUACAAAGCGGAAACAGCAGACACCCAAUGUAGCAAAUGUGCUGGCCAAGGACAACAAGAGUCAUCAAGUAAAGAAACAGGAAGUCGUCCUGAAGCCAAAUAAGCCUUCAACCACUGGUUAUGGGCCCGGAAGACCUCCCAAAAUAAGUACAGAGCAAAUGGUCAGUGAUGAGACAAAGUCCAAGCAAAAAUCUGAUAAGGUUGCUAUCCACAAGAGGCCAGUGACUGGUCAGCAGAAUAAAUUCAAGUGUUCGGAUGAGGUCGCAGACCAAGUGAAACUUGAAGCUACAAAGAGGAAGCUUCAGGAGCGUUAUCAACAAGCUGAGAAUGCUAAGAGGCAGCGGACGAUACAGGUUAUGGAGUUGCAUGAUCUACCUAAGCAGGGGCUUGGUCAUAGAAAUCCACAUGUAAAGCCUGGGAACCAAAACCGGCAAUGGUCACAUGGACGACGCUAGGGGUUCUUUUUGAAUCCCAAAAGCAACUAGGUUUUUCACUUUUCUUCCAUAAUGAAGUUGGCGGGAAGAACCCUAACAACUCUGGCAAAUUCUGGCUUGACCUACCUGAGAAUCAACAAUGACAAAUUCAUUCCCCAUUGCUGCUGGAGCGGCCAAUUCUGAUUUGGAGGGAAAUCAACGCUUGAAAACUUCUUUUUUGCUAAAUUGAAUGCAUUAAGUUAUAUAGACUUCUGUCAAAGGGCAGGAAGGCGGUUAUAGCUAAUGACUCUGAACUGAGUCCUGAGAUGAAUGUAGUAUGUAGAGAACCUUGAUCUGCACUUGUUUAUUUACACCAUGGGUUGUUUUAGCUAGUUUGCACAGAAUAAGUGCAUUUUCAUAAGCUCUUUCCUGUAUGUAAACUUUUGGGAAUUUAUACAUAAAGAGGGUGAAUGUUCAUGCA